UUUCUCCCGUUAACAUUAUAACACGAUGAUAGCAGCUUGUAUAUAGAGACCAAUAUCAGUUCACAUAGGUACCUAAUUAUUGUCCCUUUCCCAAUCAGUUGAUUCAUCUGAUUACUAAGCAGCCAUGGAAUCAUACGUCAUGGUGGUCUGGUCCAUGCCUCCUCUCUCCUCUUCUCCUUCCCCAGCGUCUCUUGAAGAGCGUCCAGAAUCCCAAAAGUCCGUCGAGCCGGCGAUAGAGACAUAGCCAUUCAAGCAAUCGUUUCGACCAACGAAAACAAGCAAAAAACACACAAACCAUCCGCACCACCACAAGCCGCCUUUCGACCAUGUCGUCAGAACCGUCCGGCGGGCCCUCCGCAAAGGGCACCGACGACAACAAAUCCCGACCAAGAGACCUGAUCAAGCGCGGCGUGUACAAGUCCAACCCUCUAGGCACGGCGACCUUCGUCGGCCUCCGCGCCCUCGACCCGUUCCUGCAGUACCAGAUCCUCGCCCGCGGUCUGGGCACUGGCCUGCUCUCCAAACUCGGCCUGGCCACCAUCCCAGUGACGGCGACGGCCUUCAUCCCCACGGGCAACGCCCUCCUCGACGGGCUCGGCCUGCCCCUGCCGCGGCUCAUCCUGCUCGCCAUGGCCGCCGGCUCAGCCGCCAAGCACAUCUUCUGGCUCACCUAUACCUGCAGGGAGGAGUUCCCCCCCGGCGCCGCCGUCGCCGUGAGCGGCUACAACACCUUCGUCAACAGCGCCAAUUCGCUCCUUCUCAUCACCGCCGCCACCACCUCCGCCCUGGCCGCGGGGCCCGACGUCCCCGUCCCCUUCACCGGCUGCGCCGUCAGCCUGCCCGUCGCCAUCGGCACAGUCCUGUACGUCGCCGGCAUCGCCGUCGAGACCGUCUCGGAGCUGCAGCGCAAGCGCUUCAAGGAGCAGCCCGGGAACGAGGGCCGCGUCUGCAGCGACGGCCUGUGGGGCUUCUCCAGGCACGUCAACUACGCCGCCUAUGCUGUGUGGCGCACCGGUUACACCCUCGCCGCCGGGGGCUGGCCCGCCGCCCUGGUCAUGGGGGCCUUCCAGGUGUGGGAUUUCUCUUCCAGGAGUGUGGCCGUUAUGGAUGAGUACAUGGGUUCCAAAUACGGGGAGCAGUGGAAGAAGUACAAGGCCGAUGUUCCGUGGGUGAUGUUCCCGGGUCUCUACUAAGAGUCGGAUGAUGGCUGGCAUUUGAAAAAAGAAAGAAAGAGAAGAAGAAAAAGAAUAAAGGGAAGGAGAAGGCAUUUUCCGAACCAGCCAGGUGUCGCGCAGAAGAAAUUGGUCGUAUAAUUAUGCUGGAGCCUCUAUAAAUGUAUCAUAACCUCUCUAUGC